GCUAGGAUGGCAUGAGGGUCUUUAUUUAACUAUGCUUAAAUAAUUAUUAAAGACCCUAGAUGCAAAAUCGCCAAUUAUUGAGUUAAAUGGAUUAUUAGAUGGAUUUUAAAGGAUUAUUAAAGGGAACUUCUUUAUCAUGGAUACAGAGCAGGUUAUCUCCAAUCCAUAUCAAGACCUGCAGGUCAAGGCACUAGAAAGUGCAAAGAAACCCACGCUAACAAAACGACUCACUGCCGUGCGCAACAAUGUGUGUGAGCACAACCUUAACACUGCUACCAGCCACCUGGACAGGCAAUGCACCCAUUCGCUUCGCAACCUUCACAUGGACUCAAGCAACCUCAAAUAUCAGGUAAAAGUUAUGGAAAUAAAUAAACGUGAAAAUGAUCUAGUGAUGCAGCAACGAAUCACGCCUAAAAAGGACUUUUCCUAUGAUAAACGGCAAAUAAAGAGCGCUUCAAAAAGAAUUGGCAUGAGCUCUGAAGGAUCCUUUUACCUCGAAAAAAAGCUGAAAUAUCCAUUACGUGGCACCAUAAUCAAGGACCACAAUAGGAAGCCAAUAAUACAAAAAGCUAGGAAAACUAUGGCGGACCAUGCAAAGCGUAAAAAGAUUGAGAGUGACAGUGAGCGUGCACAAACUGCCCUCACUUAUGAACGUGUAACAACUGCUCACACAGUUUCAACGACUCUAGGAGUACUGACUCAAGAACCCUUGCUUUCAAAACAGCAUUCAAGCUUCCAACGAGUUGGAUCUAAGUCAGCACCACCCCUGAAAAUUGCUUUUAUUGAUCAAUAUAAAACUGAUUCAAAGUUACCAAAAUUACCUGUUAACAGUCCUUACGAUAGAAAAGAUGAACGCAGUGCUAAAUCACAUGUUAAAUUUGAUUUCCAAUAUCGUGAAUCCAAGCCUUGUUCUCUAAAAAACCUUAACAGGUCGCAACGUUUCCGAGAUUUGAAAUGCUGGAAUAGUGACUCCGAAGAAGAAUUUGAUCUUUAUGACAAAGUUGAUUUAAGAGCAAUAUUGUUUAGUGAUAAGUCACAAAAUGGGGAUGCUAAACCUUCACUCAGUGGUAAUACAACACCUCGUAGCAUACCAACAAGACCGAGUUCAGAACUCCCACCACAGGCUAGAUGUUCCACUGCAAAACCGAAAGUUACAGAAGAAAUGCAAAUGAAGGAACAGAAAGAAAUCAAAAAUAAAAUUGACAGUUUUCUUGGUAAUGUUCCUAAAGAGGACGAGGCACUACCUAAAUCUGUCCAAAUAGAGGAAAAGUCAAAAGAAGAACAAAUUAAAGAAAAGAACCAAAAGGAAAAAGCUGCAUAUCUGCUAAGAGUGUUUUCAAAACCAAUAGAACAGGACAAAAUUUGGAGUUACAAACCAUGGAAACCAAGGCAAGAGGUCGAAGUUACAAAAGUGGAACAAGUUGUUGAAAAGCCUAAGUCAGCAGAUACCACAAACAGGCAAAAGAAUCUAUGGGAACUGAUACGAACAAAUUUGCAAAACGGGAACAUAAAACGUAAAUACACAGCAAAUGACCUGUUGCUGCAACAGCUAACUGGUGUUCUUGUGCAAGCAGACAAAAAGCCGCCUAUUCCCAUCCACUCCGCAAGUCGAGCAUUGCGUCACACGCCAACAGUAAAGAUGAAGCAAAUGAUAGAGCGACUAAUGGCUGAACGAACGUCGUAUGAGCAACAAGAAAUCGAGAAACUGCAACAAGCUGAAGCUUCUAUUGGAAAUGGAUAUGACAAAAGUGAAAUAAGGAAUGAACAAUGAGGAAUUGAAAUGUCCGCAAGAUUUACAAAUAGAUCACUCAAAAGACAUAGAAGCUGAAAAUAAAUACGUUACUGUUUAAUCUUUUCUUAAUUACAAAAUUACUGAGCCAUGACAGCAUAGAACUGUGCCAAGAGUUUAUUGAAUAAUUAAUUGAAAAUUAAUUAAUUCACUUUCAUUUUAAAAGUAUGUUCCUUUAUAAUGUGAACAAUACACAUUUGAUUUACAAUAUUA